AAGAGGACUGAGUCCUUCUUGGUUUAUAAGGGGUCCUGUCCUCACCCUAGGACCCAGGGUGUCACUGUGCUCUGAUGCCUUCCACUGUGUGCAGGUUCGGGACAUGGUGACCUUCCCUGACGUGGCUGUGAGCUUCACCUCAGAGGAGUGGCCGUGCCUGGAUGCCUCUCAGAGGAAGCUCUACAGAGAUGUGAUGCUGGAGACCUACCAGCACCUGUUGGCCAUAGGCCAUGGAGGGGUGAAGCCUGCCUUGAUCUCCUGUUUAGAAGAGUGCAGACUACAUGUUGAGGAUGUGACAUUUCAACAAUUAGCCUUUGGAUUGGGAUCUCCAAAGAGGAUCGAGAUGUGCUGGGUGGGUAAUAGCCUGGUGUUGGAAGAAGAUGCCUGCCUGUUCAGUUUACCUGAGUUCUAA